AUGUCAACAUCCACAAGCGAUGAUAUGGUUAGGGCUGUCUUUAAUGAGGUAAUUGAACUCAAAUCAUCGGUUUUGAGAUUGGAUGAACGGUUUGCUAUUCAGUUUUCACCUGCACCAAAUAACGAAACUGUAACCAAUUUUCGCGCUUUCGCAACUGCAGUUGUCUCUCAAGGUAUUGAUUUGGUAGCCAAGGAAAGAGAGAUGGCCAGAGUUAAUGCCCAUCCGGAUUGUCUUGGUGCCCGAAGUAUCGUAGCUACCUUGCCAGGGGCAAGGAUAGGGUUCCAGCCAACGCGCACCAACAAAACACCUUGUGCUAACGCACGUAUUGAUGCAUUGAUUGUCUAUCUGUGGAAAAAAAAUCACAGUAACUCUUCCGCAGAGAUUGGCCAUGCAAAAUGUAAGGAAAUCAGACUGCAGUUUCGGAGCAUCACUCGCCGCUUACGAUAUGCAAUGAUUCAGGAGGGUACAGUUGCCACCAGUUGGGGAAGUCUCUCACCUCAAGAGAGAACAUACUAUGCCUUGAGACUUGAAAGCGAUAUCUUCGAUUACGGUUAUCAGAUCUACAAGUGUAACAAGAAAUGGGCAGCUAAUCUACUCAUUCAAGACACAAUGAAGGGGCAACGUCAAAGUGAAAGACGAAGGGUUGGGGUUUCCCCCGUCGGAGAGGCUCCAGUAGAAGAACUUGAAGCACCAACUGAAGUAUGCAAUGCUAUUGAUCUAUGGCAUGUUCUGCUAAAUGACCUCACCCCAAGUAUUGGCAUUACGCUUUGA